CAGUUCUCAGUAUGUUGUACUUUAAAUUUGAUGCUACUUGAUUUCACAGGAUAGUCUAAUGUUAAGGUUCUUGGGCAAAUAGUUCAGUGUAGUAAAAGGCACAUGUGGAACAGAGGACAACAUGCAUGGUAUCCACCUUUCUUCUCUCUCUUCUCUCCACCACCCUAUCUCCACAUCUGCUUGCCAGCAGGAUUGGUCUUGUCCCUUCAGUGGUUGUGUCACAAGAUAAUAUGCAUUAAAAGAAGCAUGUCCAGAAUGCUGCAAUGGAGUGACACCUUAUCUGCUGAAUUCUCUUAAAGGCAUUGUGGUCCUGCCAGUGGAGAGGAGUUGGGAAACUCAAAACUCUGUCAAAAAUGCACUGGACACCGGAGCAUGCUCAGCCCCUGAAUCAGUGGCCGGAGCAGCACCUUGAUGUCUCCUCCACUACCUCCUCACCCGCCCACAAGUCUGACCUCUACCACAGCAACCGGCAGCGCUUCAACUAUGCCUGGGCCAAUGAUGACAUCUCUGCACUGACAGCUUCCAACCUAUUGAAGAGGUAUGCUGAGAAGUACUCUGGAGUACUGGAUUCUCCUUAUGACAGACAAUCAGCAAUCAACACCUAUGGGGAUGGUGUCUUUGGGCCUCUCAAUGGUCAGAAGGGAGAGAUGGAGCCCUGGCCAAUGACACACAGUUCAGAGGGGGUCUACCCUCUGACCCCAGUGCAUGAUGGAUUGCCCAGCUCCAAGGGGAUUGUACCUCCUGCUGUCACCCCAGGUAACAGUCUUGGUACUUCCCCAGUGGUCUCCAGUAAUCUGUCUGACUCAGUUUAUCCCAGUAACACUUGUGGAGGCCCCACAGCUUCUGGCAGCCUUGGACCUCCUCAGGAGUAUCCUUCCAGCUACAGUGGAGCCUAUUUGCCACCAGGUUACUGCAGCCAGCCUGCCUCAGCGCUUCCUCCUCCACACCCAUCUGCCUUGCACAGUUCAGGCCUCCUGCAGCCGAACCAUCCCUCCACCACACUUGUCCCUGGUUACAGCUCCUCAGGACCUAUGUACAACUAUGCCUCUGGCAGCUACCCACCUCAGCCUGGCUAUGGUACCAUCCACCCUCCUCACCCAUCAGCCUCUUACUUACCCUCAGGUAUUGCAGCCCCCACCCCCAUCCCCCCUUCUUCCCGCCCCCCUGUGGUCCCUGGAUAUAGCUACCAGAGCCCCCUAACGGUGCCACCCCUCAGUGGUGAGUCUGGGAGCUCUCUGAAAAGAAAGGCCUUUGACAUCACUGGCGAUGAGGAUGAUAGUGAAGGUCGGUAUCGCAAAUACAGCUAUGAACAACCAAAGUCCCCUUAUCAGAUGUCCGACAGUGGUGAAUGUAGAGGGAAUGGAUUCAACCGCAGCUCGGAGGUGCCUUUCAAAAGCGGGAAAAGGCCAACAGGAGCAGGAGUGGCAGUGGCAACAGUGGCUUCAGAGGAGCCCAUUGGGAAAUACAAUAGCCAACCCAUGAAAGGCCUUGUCUCUCCAGCUUACAAUGUUGGCGAAGCCCCACUGAGGCCAAGUGAGAGCUUUGAGAAGUUCACUCCUCCAGCUGCAAAUGGGGAGCGGGAAGGAGAGACCUUUGCUCUCAGAAUGCAGCCCAAACCACCAACAUUCAGUAGUGACAGCAGCAGCCAGACAGUAGAAGAACAACUGAAAACGAUGGACCCUUUCAUUCUAGAACUGGUGAACAACAAGAUAAUUGACUGUGGCCCCCCAGUGCAGUGGACAGACAUCGCUGGGCAAGUCUCUGUCAAAGCUGCCAUAGAGGAAGAGCUGGUGUGGCCCAUCCUGAGGCCAGGCGCCUACACUGGGGCAAGCCGACCACCCAAAACCAUCCUUCUGUUUGGCCCUCGUGGCGUAGGGAAGACCCUGUUGAGCAGGUGUAUUUCAACCCAGCUGGGAUCCACCCUGCUGAAGCUCAGUGGCACAGCCUUGGUCUCCAAGUGGAAGGCUGAAGCAGAGAAGAUCCUCCAGACAACGUUCUUUGUGUCCAACUGUCGCCAGCCAGCUGUUGUUCUCCUCACUGAUGUGGAAUCCCUCCUGGAAGACUCCACCAUCCUGAAGUCCCAGCUGCUUUCCUACAUGGAUAACCUUGCUACCUCAGGUGAGCAGAAUGUGGUUAUUAUAGCAACCACCACCCGGCCUGGCAACCUGGAUGAAGCCACCCAGAGAAGGUUUGCCAAGCGCUUCUACAUCUCCCCACCAGACAACAUUGCCAGGCGGCAGAUCCUGCACCACGCCUUAGCCCAGCAAAACUACUGCCUCAGUGAGAGGGAAAUGGCCUCCAUUGUGCAACUGACUGAAAGCUACUCUGGCAGCGAGCUACUUCAGCUUUGUCAGCAGGCUGGGGCAAAUAAGAUGCAUGGCUUGCCAGGCCAGCUUCAGCCUACCUCUUACAAAGAUUUUGAAAGCAUUUUCUGCAAGAUCCACCCUGCCGUCUCCCAGAAAGAGCUGGAUUUGUAUGUGGAAUGGGAUAAAAUGUACGGGUCACGGCAUUAGUGAAAAGUAGCCCAUUUCUUCUUUAAGACCAUCUGGGGGCCUCUUAGAGUGGAAGCUGCUGGGUGCUUGGGAAUCUCCCAUUGAAAGCUUUGUUGCCCUCAGUGCUCCCAUUUCUGAAGGGCUAAAGGCAUGCCUAUGAAAACAGGGGAAGGGUGAGGAGUUGUUCUAGUCUUAUAGAAAAGUCAAACCCUCUUGGAUGCAAGAAUUUCCCUAGAUUGAUUUGCCUACAUUUUGUUUUGUUUUGUUUUCUAAAAAUGUCUGAAAGUUUGACUGUGUGGUGGUUGUUGGGUCUCUAUGUUAAUGAAAAAGUAGUUGCUCAAUGAACUCAGGAUAAUCUAUUUAUUAUUAAGCUGUUUCCCCAGUCAUCCCUUUUCCAUACCAGCAUUGUAAAGUGUUCAGACAGGUCUCUCCCCACCCCCCAGUUCCUUUUUCCAUAACGCACUUCCUGGAUAUUUCUGUUUGGUCGCAUGGGUAUCACACUAUGGAUCAUUCAGUGUAUUAUAUCUUAAUUCAGGCUUGUUUCCAGGGAGAUACCCCUGAUGUUCUUUAGAGCCAUCAAGAGUAUAAUUGUUAAGGCUGAUGGCAUCAGUGGGUUUUUAAGGGAAGGGGUUUGAGAGUUUUUUCUUAACUGUAGAUUGUUGAAUAAACUAGCCUCCUUUUUAUUUUUGUAAAGUAUGUAGUAGUGCGUUUUUUUUUCUUUUUUAACUACUCAGGAAAAUAAUUUACCUCAAAACAAGAAGAAUGUUUUUUUUUUACUCAAGGAAAAUUGUAAAAAAUAAUCCAAAGGGAUUACAAAUGUGCUUUUAAAGGCACAUUUUAUUCCCAUUUUAAAGCAAAAGAGAGAGAAGAAAAAAGCAAGAAUAAACUUGAAGUUGUUACAAAGAUGAAAGUUGAAUGUAUUUCAGGGGCAUUUCACAAUAUAUUAUGCCAUAAUUUUAUUCUUUUUUUAUUUUUAAAGAAAGCAUUUUUACCAUAGCAUUUUGGUGGAGUAAUGUGUCUUCAAAGAAUAAGUAUUAGUGCUGUAGUUUUAAAGCCAUGGCUAGUACCACUUUUUGAAGGAAUCUUUCAAUGUCAUUUCCAAAUUCUAAGGUUACCAACUCAUUUUCCGUUUGUUAUAGUCUAUAGUGGGACUUCUGAAUGCUUUAUCACAGUGAGACUUCUAUAAGACAAGACAAAUAGUAGCUGAAAUUUCUGAAAGUAUAAUUAGAGGCAACAAAACCAAAUACAUAUAGGACAUGGGCCCAAUUUUGUGAUCUUGGGAUAAUGUCUGGAGCCAUAGGAUUUCACAGAUCUCUCCGUCUGACCCCAUGGAAACCUCUACUGCUCCACUGUUGCUCUGCCAUAGAGUGUUUAGACAGUGGUACUGUCAAAUGAUGGUGGUUGGUGGGUGGGAUUAAAUCCAGUGACUUGCCAUUCCCUUGGCUUGGUCUCCAUAAAAGGAGAUGUAUGCUAUCUCUGGUGCUGGUCUACUUCCCCCCCCCCCUCUAACCAUCCCAUGCCCAGCUUCUGACCUGAAUUGCAAGGAUCCUGAAGUUUUUAAUUCGAUGGUUCCUCCCACCUGGGUUCUUCUACACUUACUGCCUAUGAUUUAUCCUGCGCAGUUGCUCUCUUGUCCACAUUUAUUCUGGAAAAUGCUCACUUGGAUACAUUUGGAUUUACUCCUAGAUUACCAUGCAUGAGAAUGAACAAUUCCCCCCCCCCAUGCUGUCAUUUCAUGUUAAAAAUAUGCACUGUAGACCUUUCUUCAAACAUAUGAUGAUUUGUUUUUGCUAUUUGUAUUUUAAUUUGCUUUAACUUAUGGUAAUCCUAUGAUCUCUAAAAGCUCCAGCCGUCAACAGCCCUGCUCAGGUCUCACCACUCAGAUCCAGGUCUUCCUUGGUUGAAUCCAUCCACCUGCAAUGUGGUCUUCAUCUCUUCCUACUGCCUUCCUCUUUACUGAACAGUAUUGUCUUUUCCAAUCAAUUAUGUCAUUUCAUGAUCUAUCCAAAGUAUGAUCGCUUCACCUUAAUAAUUUUGGCUUCUUGUGAGAGUUUGGAUUUGAUUUGAUGGUACCCCUAUGUAAAUGUGUCACAUUCCCUACAGUGUUUCACUAGUGAAAAUAGAGAGAGAUGUUUUGUGUACUGGGAAGAGUGUACUGUACCCCCAUCCAGGGAUUAUUCUUUCCAACCUAAUCAUCAAUUUAAACUGCAAAAGUCCUGCAUUUGCCUUUUGUGUAGUAUCUUAAUUUGCUUUGCAGGAUAUUACUAUUCUAAAUAGUUCAAAAUAUAGCUUAAGAAUCCAAGUGUAUUUGGUCAGGAUGCUCAGAAUCUGUUGGCUUAGCAUUCAUGCCCAUGUGUUAACAUGCAUUUCCCUUUUCUCUUUCCCUCUAAAUAUCCCAGAUCUUGGAGAUGUGAUUUCUGAAAGAGGGACUGAAACUUGGGGGGCUAAACAGACAGGCAAAAAGAGGUGCUUUCAGGCUGACUUGAAGGU